UUCCUGCCAGGCAUUGAUUGCAGCUCAGCUUCUUCACUAUGGUGGGUCCUAAUGGCAAUGAAUCCAGCGCCACAUAUUUCAUUCUCAUAGGCCUCCCUGGCUUGGAAGAAGCUCAGUUUUGGUUGGCCUUCCCAUUGUGCUUCCUUUACCUUAUUGCUGUGCUAGGUAACUUGACAAUCAUCUACAUUGUGUGGACGGAGCACAGCCUACACGAACCCAUGUACAUUUUUCUUUGCAUGCUUUCUGGCCUGGACAUCCUCAUUUCCACUUCAUCCAUGCCCAAAAUGAUGGCCAUCUUCUGGUUCAAUUCUACCACCAUCCAGUUUGAUGCUUGUCUGCUACAGAUGUUUGCCAUCCACUCCUUAUCUGGCAUGGAGUCCACAGUAUUGUUGGCCAUGGCCUUUGACCGCUAUGUGGCAAUCUGCCACCCACUACGCCAUGCCACUGUGCUAACAUUACCUCGCGUUACCAAGAUUGGCAUGGCUGCUGUGGUACGAGGUGCUGCACUUAUGGCACCCCUGCCUGUCUUCAUCAAAUGGCUACCUUUCUGCGGCUCCAAUAUCCUUUCCCAUUCCUACUGCCUACACCAAGAUGUCAUGAAGCUCGCCUGUGCUGACAUCCAUGUCAAUGUCAUCUAUGGCCUCAUCGUCAUCAUCUCUGCCAUUGGCCUGGACUCACUUCUCAUCUCCUUGUCAUAUCUGCUUAUCCUCAAGACUGUGUUGGGGUUGACACGUGAAGCCCAGACAAAGGCAUUUGGCACCUGUGUCUCUCAUGUGUGUGCUGUUUUCAUAUUCUAUGUACCGUUCAUUGGAUUGUCCAUGGUGCACCGCUUUGGCAAGCAGCAUGACUCCCUCCUUCCCAUCAUCAUGGCCAACACCUACCUCCUUGUCCCUCCUGUUCUCAACCCUAUUGUCUAUGGAGUAAAGACAAAGGAGAUUCGGCAGCGCAUCCUUCAUCUUUUCCACGUGACAACCAACACUUUAGAUCCCUAGGUGUCAGUGGUCAAACUUUUUCAUUUGAAGUCCUUCAACUCAGAUUUUAAUAUCAACAUUUUGGGAGACAGCAUUAGGGGAAAAACAUUUUCCUUAAUAAAAGCACAACUGAUUCUUCAAAGAUAAAACUGGUUGGAGCAU